AUGGCGCCGAGCCAGAAAUCGUAUCCGCGAGGGACGGUAAAGAAGAUUGUCAAGGCGCAUUCGAAUCUCAACAUUAGCAAGAAUGCUGAUGUCUUGAUCUUUCUGGACUACGUUUUAUUCAUGCAGACCCUUGUGAAGGAGGCUGCGAUCGAGUCCAAGCAAGCUGGCGAACGUGGCAUUACGCCGUGGAGUGUAAAGAAAGCUACUCCUGACGCCCUCGCAAAAUUCAAGGGCUGA